AUGAACCUCCUAUACUGGAGCCUCGGCUUCUUCCUCUCCAUCUCCUCCACCACGUAUGCCGCUGCGCCCAAGGAGACAGCAACCCCCGAGCCAUGUACAAUACGAUCACCCCACACCGGCUCCUUCUUCGACCUCAAUCCGCUACACAUACCCGACCCGAGGACAGUAAAGUCCAAGAAUGCGCGGGACUAUAGUUGGAACGCCACGGGAUGGGACAUGGGAUAUAACUUCACCAUGAACUUUUGCGGAGGCGUGGUGGAGCGGCUAGAGGAUUUUGGAGGUGUGGAAGGGGUGGAUAAAGAUUUGUGGAGGAAUGUCAGCGCAUACUACAGGCAAGGGGGGAAGGUGUACAGUAUAGGACAGCAGAACACGUCUCCUGUCAUCCGAGGCCGAAAGAUGGUGAUGAACUACACGAACGGCUCGCCCUGCCCUGAGCCACGGAAACGAGCAUACCUGGGAGACGAACUCGACACUCGAGAAAUCGUCGGCGAUGACAAGGACGACGACGAAAGCGACCGGCCAAAGGUGCCCGGCCGAACCAAAACAACGAUCAUCAGCAUGCUCUGCGACCGAGACCCACUGAUGCCCCAACUCACCCUCUCCUUCAUCGCAAGUCCGGACGAGUGCACAUACUUCUUCGAAGCACGAUCGUCAGCAGCUUGCGCCGGGAUCCAGCAAUCAACCCAAACACUCAGCCCAUCAGGAGUCUUCGGCGUGAUCAUGAUGAUUGCGAUCAUCGUGUACGUCGUCGGUGGUUGCGUCUACAGCCGCAUGGUGCUUAACCAGCGCGGAUGGAGACAGCUCCCGAACUACAGCCUGUGGGCCGGCAUAUUUGGGUUCUUCAAGGACAUUGUGAUCAUUGCAACUUCUUCGUGUGCUCGCUUCAUGCCUUCGAGAAGAGGGUAUAGCCGCGUGAAUGGCGACAUAGGGGGUAUGGGCUCCGGCAGGUCGGGCAGGGACAGCGAGUCUGCGAAUAGAUUGAUAGAUGAGCUGAAUGAGGAUUGGGAUGAUGAGUUUUGA